AUGGCCUUGAUUCAGACAACGACCAAGUCCUUUUCGACGUACAAGGAGGGUCACGUGCGCGGCCUGAUCGACAUCUGUCUAAGGAUCCAACAACAGGCGCUAGCUACUUCCGGUACCUCGUGGCUCACGGACGACUACAUCAAGGGGCUUAUGCUCGACACGGUCGUGGCAGGAAUGUCCGAAAUGAUUAAGAGCAUCCGAAUGCUAAUUCUUCUCAUGUGCCGUCACCAAGACGUUCAAUCACGUGUCAACACAGAAAUUCGUGACGUCAUUGGUCCUGUUGGAACGCCAUCGACCAAUCAUCGCGAAGCAAUGACAUAUACGCAAGCGGUGAUCAUGGAAAUGCUUCGUUACGUCAGUCAAACCCCACUCGCAAUUCCACACAAGUGCAAUGAAGACGUAGUGCUCGAUGGGUAUGCCAUAUUAAAGGACACAGCGAUAUUACCCAACAUCUGGGGAAUACACCACGACGAGGAUGUGUGGGGCGACCCCUGGGACUUCCGGCCGGAGCGCUUUCUUUGCGCGGAGGACGGAAAGAAGUUACUUCCGGCCGAUCACAAAUUCAUGAAAACACUGAUCCCGUUCUCAGUUGGUAAAAGACGCUGUCCAGGCGAGGAUUUUGCCAUGUCACGUUUGUUCCUCGUGUUGACGUCACUACUUCAGCGUCUGCACUUCCGGCCGCCAGAGGGCGAGGAAUUACCGUCAGUGGAUCCGAGACAUUAA